AAUCGCGACGCAAUGCGUCCUGCGCGAAGGCGAAAGCGACACGCCCCACAUGCGAAAGCAACACCGCUACAGCAGAACUUCGUGGGGCGACGAGACACUUGAAAAAAAAUGGCUGCCACUACAACCGACAGUACCGAAACCGAGAGCCCGGCACAAAGCAUUCAGAACGGCGCGCCGCUAUCGGAGGAUGUCACGGAGGAAACGGCCGAGCGAACCCCGAAACAGGAGCCGGGAGAAACGGAGGCGAUGCAGAUGGAUGAACUGGACGGCCAACGCGGCGAAGAGGACGGGGACGUGAAGCCUCUUGUUCCCGAAACCGUGGCAGCAACAGGGGAGAACGAGGAUGAUGAAGACGAGACGGGCUGCGAGGUCGAGGGGAGCCCGAUGCACCGCAGCCCGGCGAGCGGUAGCGACGCCGGAGAUUGCCCGGAGAAGGAGCCGAAGCGAGAACCAAUGGAGACAUCGUCCGGUGACUCCGUCAAGCCGAGCAAAGACAACGAUGGCACGGAGAAAAACUGCGGCGGGGGUGGCGACACCAUCAUGGGACGAGUCGGUGUGGAGAUGUCAUUGCUGGAUGGGGAACCCCUCAGCCGCGUGGACUCGGAAGACAGUAUCAGCAGCACGCUGAUGGACAUGGAGAGCACGGUGUCGAGCGGUCGCUCCACGCCCGCCAUGAUGAACGGCCACGCCAGCGCCGCGUCCUCCUCCACCAAGCGCGUGGCCUACGCCUGCUGCUGGGACCAGUGCCUGGCCUGCUUCCAGUCCAGCCCCGACCUGGCCGAGCACAUCCGGGGUCUGCACGUGGACGGCCAGCGCGGGGGGGUGUUUGUGUGUCUGUGGAAAGGCUGUAAGGUGUACAACACACCGUCCACCAGUCAGAGCUGGCUCCAGAGACACAUGCUGUCGCACAGCGGAGACAAGCCAUUCAAGUGUGUGGUGGGCGGCUGCAACGCCACCUUCGCCUCCCAGGGGGGGCUGGCGCGCCAUGUGCCCACGCACUUCAGCCAGCAGAACUCCUCCAAGCUCUCCAGCCAGCCGCGCGUGAAGGAGGAGUCGCCCUCCAAGGCGGGCCUGAACAAGAGGAGGAAGCUCAAGAACAAGCGCCGUCGCUCCCUGCCUCGCCCACAUGACUUCUUCGACGCUCAGACGAUGGAUGCCAUCAGGCACCGGGCCAUCUGCCUCAACCUGGCCACACACAUCGACAGCCAGGGCAACGGUCACAGCGUGGUCUUCCACAGCACGGUAAUUGCGAGGCGAAAGGAGGAUUCUGGGAAGGUGAAGGUCCUCCUGCACUGGACUCCAGAGGACAUAUUGCCGGACGUCUGGGUGAACGAGGCGGACCGGCCACAGCUGAAGACCAAGGUGGUGCACCUGUCCAAGCUGCCCCAGGACACCGCCGUGCUGCUCAACCCCAACAUAUACCGGAUGUUUUUUUAGCCUCCUGUGAAGCGCCUGUCGCGGCCUGCUGCUGUCUCUGAGGGUCUCCAGCUGGACCCCGUCCCACACGGAGAGCUGGUCUUCCUGCCGUCCCACACGGAGAGCUGGUCUUCCUGCCGUCCCACCCAGAGAGCUGUUCUUCCUGUCUCUCAGAAAGCCCCAAUCGCACCAAAGUUUCCGGUCCAAAUUUGAGCUUCCCUUCCCCCAGAGGUUGUAAAAACUUGCAUACUAUCAAGUGUGGAACUUGAGCAAGACACGUUCAGGAUUGCCCCUUUUUUUACUUUACCAUAGUACUAGGGAAUUGUUAAUAGUAUGAAUUUUACACAACCGUGUAGCACACUGAUCUUUGUAGAAGCCUUGAAGCGUUUAUAGAGAUUACUAGUUGCUUGUAAAUAUUUGAGCAGAUUUGUAAUAUAUUUUUAUAUCCUGAAAUUGGACUGUAGAUUGUUUUUUGUUUUUUUUGGGGGUUUUUUUUAUAGAGAUGAGAAAUGAAAUUGUACAUACUGCGGCGCUCUGAAGGUUUGUGUUUACGCUUUUUACCCUUUGCCCAGAGGAGUGGAUAGAAUAGUCCGUAGACUAAAUAGAGAGGCAAGGCCCCCUGUUCUUAGCGUUUCCAGUGUCUGGCAUGUACCGCUGCUCCUGAUGAUGAUGAUGAUGAUGACGAUGACGGUGGCGGUGAUGAAGAUGAGGCCUGUGUUCUUUGGACGAGCGGGCUGAGAGAGGACAGUAUUAACGUCUCACUCUAGCGAUGCUUACUGUGAUGAUGCAUAGUAAUAUGAAUAACUAUUAAUAAUAUUAAUAAACCAUGUACUCCAUUUUCGUA